AAAAAAAAGAUUAUAGAAGUCAACAUGUUUAAGAUAAUUAUUGUUUGUGCUAUCGCUACUUUCGUCCAGAAAACUACAUGCCAAUGUAUUGGUAGAGCAGUAAAUAGCAAUAUUUAUAGAAAUCCAAUUAAUUCUUACGCUGCUGAAAAUGGAUACGGUGUUUGCGGUUCGAAUUUAGCGUAUCCUGCCAGUGCAUUGGCUUACGAUACAAUUGCCAAUGGUAUUUACGGGCCUGCUAAUACACUGGCCUAUGAUGGCAUUCCGAAUAUUUAUGGUCCUACCAAUACAUGUGAUAAUGGUGUAUAUGGGUUGAGCUUAGCAACGCUAGCCGCAUCUAACUGUGGUGGGUUUUCCGUAAGAAGUUCAUCCCCAAUCGGCGUGAAUGGCAUAUUAAUUGAAACAGAAAACAUGGUCAUUGAAGGUCCAUUGUCAGUGAAUGGUCAACUGCCGUUUUUGGGAACUGUAGCUUUAGAAGGCACUUUGCCAGCUGCUGGCACAGGUGCUGUUUCAUAUGGCUGUGGGGAUGGAAAUAUUGCUAUAUUGAACGAGGAGUAUCCUAGCAUUGCACCUCCAGCGCCAAAAGGAUAUGGCUGCAAUGCGGUACCAUCAUAUGGUUAUAGUCCUGCAGCAGCUGGACAGUAUGGUUACACUACACAAAGUCCUCAUGGAGUACGUGGAUUUUACUAG